AAGCAGCGCCCACCGCCAGUAAAUCUCAUCUUAUAUAAAAUCAACACUUCUGAAGCUGAAACUGAGUUGGUCUGUGCUUGUUUUGCGGCGGUGUCUCGUUCAUUGAUCAGUCAAAAAUGUCAGGGAAAGGUGCCAAGGGAUUGAUAACAGGGAAGACCCCCGCUUCCGCCAAGGACAAGGACAAGAAGAAAGCCGUUUCUCGCUCCUCCCGAGCUGGUCUUCAGUUCCCCGUUGGACGAAUUCACCGUCUUCUGAAAUCGAGGGCCACUGCCAGCGGAAGAGUUGGGGCCACCGCUGCGGUAUACGCUGCUGCGAUUCUCGAGUAUUUGACGGCGGAGGUUUUGGAGCUGGCUGGGAAUGCGAGCAAGGAUCUGAAGGUGAAGCGAAUUACCCCUAGGCAUUUGCAGCUGGCCAUUCGCGGAGAUGAAGAACUUGAUACGCUCAUCAAAGGGACGAUUGCGGGCGGUGGUGUUAUUCCUCAUAUUCACAAGUCUCUGAUCAAUAAAUCUUCCAAGGAAUGAGUGAGGGUUUGUGAAAUCAGUUCAAUUAGCCUUGCAGAUGAGUUAUUCUGAAAAUUCGGUCAUGUUUUGAUUUUUGGAUAAUUUGCCUGUUGUUACAUUAGUUUGAUAGAAGGGGAAUUUUGCAGUUGUUGUUCUGGUAUCUUUGUUUUACAUGUUUUAACUGACUGAUUUUGCUUCUGCAAGCUACAUGGUACUAGGUUGUGUGUUGGAGCAUGGUUAAUUAUAUUUUUUGCAACCUGUUAUCUA